GCGGGUAAUAAAAGUUGGAGUUUGCAGCAGCCGAUUUCGUGUUGUUGUAAACGUAGUUACGUGCGUGUCUGUGCAUGCGUGUGUAUGUUUGAAUUGAGAAAAAACUAGGAAUUAGGCACAGAUCGUCAAGGCUUGGAGGUUUUUGUGUGUCGUGCAUAAAUAUUAAAUAAUCUCGCAACGCUAAAAGCGUGCCAAUAAUUCACAGCUAACAGGUUCUCGAAAACAGCCGCAAAAUUUCCAAAACAACGAAAAUGGUUUUUGACUGCGGUGUCUGGUGUGCAAAGUAUUUGCUUUGCAUAUUGAAUUUUAUAUUCUUUGUGCUAGGCACAAUUAUAUUCGGCGUUGGACUAUGGCUGGCGGUGGACAAGCAUUCGCUGAUUGCUUUGCUCAAGCUGGUCGAGAGCGAGCGCAUUGAGCCGCAGGUCAUAGAGCAGUUUGCCUAUGUGCUGCUUGUCAUUGGAGCUGUCAUGUUCUUCAUGAGUCUCUUGGGUUACUUGGGCGCCAUGCGUGAAUCUCGCUGUCUGCUGUCAACGUAUGGCACUCUGCUCGUCUUGCUGCUUAUUGCCGAGCUUGUGGCUGGCGGUUUGGCCGCCUUCUACAAGGACAAGGUGCGCUAUGAGAGCAAACGCUUCUUGCAAAACACAAUUAGCAGCUAUACGCUAAGCGAGAACAUGGACACCACCUCGUUGAUGUGGAACCAGCUGAUGGGCAACUUUGGCUGCUGCGGCAUCAAUGAUUAUCGCGACUUCAACAACUCGAUGUCGUGGCAGGCCACCAAGGGCAAUCGCACCAUACCCGAGGCCUGCUGCAAGCUCAAGGAUGUGGCCAAGCUGGUGCCGCAGUUCGAGGACUGCACCACAAAUCCCAGUGAAAGCAAUAGCUUCUAUAUGAAGGGCUGCUAUGAAGUCUUUGCCGAUUGGUUGAUCAGACAGCGCGAGCUUAUCAUAGGCGUCAUUAUAGCCGGCAUUGUGCAUUUGGUGCUCGUUAUUUUAGCCUUUGCGCUUUGCAAAGCUUUUGCCAAAUACGAUGACAUGCGUCUGUAAAUUCAUUACCGCACGCAUUUUGUUUUAGCCCAGCAAGCUAUAGAGCCGGACAGCAAGAGCAAACAGUGAAGCAGCAGACAAAAAGAAUAAACAAACCCUAACGAACAUUCACAAUGUGUUCAAUCAAACCCCCAAAUGAUGAAAAUUCAAAUUAAAAUGCAUUUUCUCCCCCUGCAUGGAAAUUUACACGUUUUUUAAGGCUAAGCUCAUAAGAAGUUGAAGCAACCACACGCAUAUUUAAUCAAAAACAAAAGAAAACGUACAGAAAUAUUUGCUCAAGCAGUCUACAAGUUUACAGUUUAUUGAUGAAAUAUUGCUAUAAACAUAUAUAAAUAUUUAUUUGUAAAUGAUGAAA